AUGGAUGCACAAGAAAUCGAAAAAAGCAGCUUCCCGUCUUCUCCAGUCGGUAGCCACAUUGACAGCUUUAAAGUAAAAGAAAGAACUACGGAUGAAAUUGGAUGUGAAGAAGAUAGUCAGUCGAGCAUCAAUGAAUUUGGACAUGGUAACGGUACAUUCCUUACUGGCUUUUUUAAUGUGGUCUGUGUUGUUGCUGGCACCGGUACCUUGGGUUUACCACAUGCACUUGCCAUUGGUGGUUGGCUUGGUAUUCUUAUCAUGAUACUUGCAUUCUUCAUGUCUGUCUAUAACGGUACUAUCUUAAUUCGUUGUCUGUACUACAAGCCUGGUCAUCGACUUCACGAUUAUAAAGAAGUCGGUUAUGCUGCAUACGGAUGGGUCGGUUUUGUCAUUGCUACUGCACUUCAUUAUUUGUACCUGUUUGGGUGUCCAGCCCUUUAUCUGGUAUUGGCUGCUAGUAAUUUGCACUCACUACUUGAACAUACUAGUGGAGCACUUAGUCCCGCGAAAUGGACAAUCAUCUGUGGUGCUGUCUUGUUAACACCCUGCCUAAUUACCAAAACACUAAAAGAAGUUACUUUACUCGCUGCUGUCGGCGCCAUCUGUACAGCUAUGGCUGUUUUCGUUGUAUUGAUCCAGGCCCCUAUGGACCACCAUGCUCAUCCCGAAAGAGUCGUGAUUACUGAUGCGGUCAUCUGGACUGGUUUCCCUUCUGCUUUAGCUACCAUUGCAUUCUCAUAUGGUGGCAUCAACACCUACCCUCAUAUGGAACAUGCAUUGAAAAAGCCUCAUCAAUGGAAAUGGGUUCUUUUAACUGGUAUGUCCUUUUGUACUGCACUUUAUCUCCUGACAGCCGUUCCCGGCUACUGGUCUUAUGGACGUCAAACCGUAUCCCCUGUGUAUAACUCGCUUCCAGAAGGAACCGGCAAGAUGAUUUCAAUGAUCGUCAUGACCAUUCAUGUCGUACUUGCUAUCCCCAUCUUUACAACCUCGUUCUCUCUCGAAAUGGAAAAAGUGAUCCGACUCUACGACAGAAGCCUCAACCGAUGGACCGUCUGGCUCAUUCGAUCCGUCAUUCGUACUUGCACCAUGGUGGUCUUGGUUAUCUUAGCCGUCUAUGUUCCUUUCUUUGAUGAUUUCAUGGGUCUCAUUGGCGCCUUUUCAGGAUGUGGUCUUAUCUUCCUUUUGCCCGUCUUAUGUUACCUCAAGUUGACCGGUGUUCGCAACAAGCCUAUCUAUGAAUUGGCGUUUUGUGCUCUCACACUUUUGCUGGGCGUUGUUGGUUGUAUCUUUGGUACUAUUGAUGCGAUCAAGAGUCUUGUGAGAGAUUUUCAUACAACUUUAUCAUAA